AUGGCUGCCUUCCGUAGACUUAUUUCCACAUCGACUAAUUUCUCAUCUACAUCAGGGAGAUUUGUAUUUUGGAAACAAACACCAAAGAGAACUAAAACAUUUAAACGUAUUGCAACUGGAGUAUGUAUCGCCACCGGAGCUGGUUUUGCGAAUUAUUACAAUGUCCAAAAGAAACUGUCAACCCAAAUCGAUAAUGGUUUACUUCUCGCAUUACCUGCAGUAUCUGCGACAAAUAAGGUAUUGUAUAGCCUACUUGUCAUGGCAUGGGACAUUAGUAUAUAUAGCAUGUAUAAUAAAUAGCAUUUUUAUCUGUCUAUAUAGUAGCCUAGCAGAUAGCCUAAUAUUGAUAGGCUACCAGUGAGUGACCCUGUAGCUACACGUCAACAUGCCCACUGAACUCACAGCGCGAAGCAGAGCUGAAAUUACUCUUAUUUUUUGUUUAGAUUCAAGGUUGACGUUCCGUAAUAGUAAAAAACCCAUGGCAUAAAUCAAAUACGAUCAAAUAGGAAUGCAUUGUGUAGACAGAAACACCCACGGGCAUUUAAUUUAAAUGGACCUAUGUGACUAUUUGCCCCAUUAUGACAAGGGCGCUGUCCACGACAUGGGGUGCUGAAAUGCGGAAAUGUUAUGUACAGGUCUAUUUAAUGUUUUUCUCUUUUAAAAAUGAUCUUGCAAGUGAAUUUAGAUUCAAAUGACGUUAUUAUAUACUUGUAUAGGGCUAUUUCCAUAGAGCGAGAAGACUUGGACACAUACAGGCAAAAAGACAGGCAGUGACAAUAAUAACAGUGGAAACCAAUAAGGCCCAGUGAGGCGUUGCUCUCCCUCCCUCUGUUUAGUUGGCAGGUUUGGUGAGGGUGGGAGUGGUGGUGGGGGGAGGUGGCUUGAUGUAACCUUGACUGGGGUUUGAGACACAGGAAUCCUGGAAUGUAGGAAACUGGACACGAGGACUUGGCGGAGGGGCUGACAUUUGAUGGUGGGGGUUUACCCGGUGGGGGAGGGGGCAGGGGAGAGGGUGGGGAAGAAGGGGGCACACAUUCCCUGAGGUGUUUGCUGUAAGCCCAGUGGGCCUGGCGCUCUGCCACCAGAGAGAGGUCCACUCUGUCCUCACCAGGCCAGGCAGACCUGCCUCCUGAUAUCGCUGUUUUUAAACAUUUGUAGGGAAAUGAUCUGGUGCACAGGCCUGAAUAACUGGCUGACAAAACAUGGCACCCAUUCUUUGAAGUAGAACAUGGGUUCUAGUUGUCAUCACCAGCUUCCAAUUGGCUCAUUCAUCCCCCUCCUCUCCCCUGUAACUAUUCCCCAGGUCGAUGCUGUAAAUGAGAAUGUGUUCUCAGUCAACUUACCUGGUAAAAUAAGGGAUAAAUAAUUGCGUAUUAGAAUGUGGCUUUUCUAGACAUGUGAAGCAUGCAUUGGCCAUAAAACCACACUAAUCUUUAACCAUGAAGAAAUAUGUUGUUUUUAAAACUAUUCAUUUUUCUCACACUUUGCUUAAAAACGUUAUCAAUUAUUUGGGGUAUAUAUGUGUGUGUGUGUGAUGCGUGUGUGAUGUGUGUGUAUUUGUGUGUGUAUCUGGGUGUGUUUUGUUUCAGGCCAAGACAUUUGAUCUGGAUGAUGGGGAUGUGUACAUGUCGUCCCAUGAGGCCAGGUUUCGGUUGUUCAGCUCAGUGGAAUACGAGGGACAGCUCUAUAUGACCCCACUGAACUUCAUUGAGUCUGUCACCAUGGGUGAGCCUAAGAGUGAGUACUAACCAACAUGCACACACGCACGCACACACACCCACACACACACACACACACACACACACACACACACACACACACACACACACACACACACACACACACACACACACACACACACACACACACACACACACACACACACACACACACACACACACACACACACACACACACACACACACACACACACACACACACACACACACACAUCCUAAACACCCACCACUCAUUGCAUCUCCUCAUAUAGUCGAUAAAUAGACAUCAAACUAAGAUGUUGACAUAUGGUGCUGAUCAAAUAUCAAUCUUCAGCAGUUCUAUUCUGUACUGUACGUAUGAUGAUGGUAGAGUCUGAGGUGCCAAUGUUGUUUGCUCAAGACUCACAUCAACAUUCUUUAUGUAAAGGCCUUGUGAGUGACAUAAGAAUAGCUGUGUGAUUGGCUAGGAGUCAAGUAGAUACAGAUCUUUACUAGCAGCACCACUGUUACGUCUCCUUUCUGUAGCAACAAACUCUGACGGACAGACAGACGAACAGACAGACGGAGACAAAACAGCAUGUCUCAAGUGUUAGGCAUUCAUGACGUCUUUUGUGAAUCAUGAUGAUUUUAGUCACUACAUUAGAAACAGUUAAAUACAUUGUAAAUGAUCAGAUAUAAACUCAAAGUAUUGGGAUUGAAUAAAGAUCUUGUCUCCGUCCCAAAUGACACCCAAUUCCCUAGAUAGUGCCCUAUGUAGGGAAUAGGGUGCCAUUUGGGACACAUCCCUGUAUUCUGGGGCCUGUUGAUGUGGUGUGUCUUGGUUUCCCUGGCAUGUAAGAAGGUUAUAAAUGGAGCACUAAUGUGAAUAGCACACAUUGCGUCAGCCCUCUCUCCUCACUCUCUCUGAUGGCUAAUGCGUUACGAAAUAGGGAUACUGACGUUUUAUGGUUUUAUGCUGUGGUUGUAAAAUUAGAUAUGUUUUUUCCCUGACUGAGGAUGUUUGGAAAAGUCUGGGAUAUAGGGCCAUUAUACAUCACAGAAUAUUCUCAUAAUUUACAUACAGUAUUUCAUAUAAAUAUACCUUUGCUUUGUGUUGCUGUUCAAUUAAAAUUAGUCCCCUGUUUUCAAAUAUUGUGGGAGCCUAUAUGGUAUUGUGGUAACCUAUGUGGUAUUGUGGUAACCUAUGUGUUAUUGUGGUAACCUAUAUAGUAUUGUAGUAACCUAUAUGGUAUUGUGGUAACCUAUGUGGUAUUGUGGUAACCUAUAUUGUAUAGUGGUAACCUAUAUGGUAUAGUAGUAACCUAUAUGGUAUUGUGGUAACCUAUGUGGUAUUGUGGUAACCUAUAUGGUAUUGUGGUAACCUAUAUAGUAUACUAGUAACCUGUAUGAUAUUGUGGUAACCUAUAUGGUAUUGUGGUAACCUAUAUGGUAUAGUAGUAACCUAUAUGUAUUGUGGUAACCUAUAUGGUAUUGUGGUAACCUAUAUGGUAUAGUAGUAACCUAUAUGGUAUUUUGGUAACCUAUAUGGUAUUGUGGUAACUGAUAUGAUAUUGUGGUAACCUACAGUAUGUGGUAUUGUGGUAACCUACAGUAUGUGGUAUUGUGGAAACCUAUGUGGUAUUGUGUAACCUAUGUGGUAUUGUGGAAACCUAUAUGGUAUUGUGGUAACCUAUAUGGUAUUAUGGUAACCUAUGUGGUAUUGUGGUAACCUAUAUGGUAUUGUGGUAAUCUAUAUGGUAUUGUGGUAACCUAUGUGGUAUUGUGGUAACCUAUGUGUUAUUGUGGUAACCUAUAUAGUAUUGUGGUAACCUAUGUGGUAUUGUGGAAACCUAUAUGGUAUUGUGGAAACCUAUAUGGUAUUGUAGUAACCUAUAUGGUAUUGUGGUAACCUAUGUGGUAUUGUGGUAACCUAUAUGGUAUAGUGGUAACCUAUAUGGUAUAGUAGUAACCUAUAUGGUAUUGUGGUAACCUAUGUGGUAUUGUGGAAACCAAUAUGGUAUUGUGGUAACCUAUAUGGUAUUGUGGUAACCUAUGUGGUAUUGUGGUAACCUAUGUGGUAUUGUGGAAACCAAUAUGGUAUUGUGGUAACCUAUAUGGUAUUGUAGUAACCUAUGUGGUAUUGUGGAAACCUAUAUGGUAUUGUGGUAACCUAUAUGGUAUUGUGGUAACCUAUGUGGUAUUGUAGUAACCUAUAUGGUAUUGUGGUAACCUAUGUGGUAUUGUGGUAACCUAUAUGGUAUAGUGGUAACCUAUAUGGUAUAGUAGUAACCUAUAUGGUAUUGUGGUAACCUAUGUGGUAUUGUGGUAACCUAUAUGGUAUUGUGGUAACCUAUAUAGUAUACUAGUAACCUGUAUGAUAUUGUGGUAACCUAUAUGGUAUUGUGGUAACCUAUAUGGUAUAGUAGUAACCUAUAUGUAUUGUGGUAACCUAUAUGGUAUUGUGGUAACCUAUAUGGUAUAGUAGUAACCUAUAUGGUAUUGUGGUAACCCAUAUGGUAUAGUAGUAACCUAUAUGGUAUUGUGGUAACCUAUAUGGUAUUGCGGUAACCUAUGUGGUAUUGUGGUAACCUAUAUGGUAUUGUGGUAACUGAUAUGAUAUUGUGGUAACCUACAGUAUGUGGUAUUGUGGAAACCUAUGUGGUAUUGUGUAACCUAUAUGGUAUUGUGGUAACCUAUGUGGUAUUGUGGUAACCUAUAUGGUAUUGUGGUAAUCUAUAUGGUAUUAUGGUAACCUACAGUACCAGUCGAAAGUUUGGACACACCUACUCAUUCAAGGGUUUUUCUUUAUUUUUUACAAUUGUUUACAUUGUAGAAUAAUAGUGAAGACAUCAAAACUUUUAUAUUUGAGAUUCUUCAAAUAGCCACCCUUUGCCUUGAUGAGAGCUUUGCACACUCUUGGCAUUCUCUCAACCAGCUUCACCUGGAAUGCUUUUCCAACAGUCUUGAAUGAGUUCCCACAUAUGCUGAGCACUUGUUGGUUGCUUUUCCUUCACUCUGCCGUCCGACUCAUCCCAAACCAUCUCAAUUGGGUUGAGGUCAGGGGAUUGUGGAGGCCAGGUCAUCUGAUGCAGCACUCCAUCACUCUCCUUCUUGGUAAAAAAGCCCUUAACCAGCCUGGAGGUGUGUUGGGUCAUUGUCCUGUUGAAAAACAAAUUAUAGUUCCACUAAGCCCAAACCAGAUGGGAUGGCGUAUCGCUGCAGAAUGCUGUGGUGGCCAUGCUGGUUAAGUGUGCCUUGAAUUCUAAAUAAAUCACAGACAGUGUCACCAGCAAAGCACCCCCACACCAUAACACCUCCUCCUCCAUGCUUUACGGUGGGAACUACACAUGUUGAGAUCAUCCGUUCACCCACACCGCGUCUCACAAAGACACGGCGGUUUGAACCAAAAAUCUCCAAUUUGGACUCCAGACCAAAGGACAAAUUUCCAUCUGUCUAAUGUCCAUUGCUCAUGUUUCUUGGCCCAAGCAGGUAUCUUCUUCUUAUUGGUGUCCUUUAGUAGUGAUUUCUUUGCAGCAAUUCGACCAUGAAGGCUUGAUUCAAACAGUCCCCUCUGAACAGUUGAUGUUUAGAUGUGUCUGUUACCUGAACUCUGUGAAGCAUUUAUUUGGGCUGCAAUUUCUGAGGCUGGUAACUCUAAUGAACUUAUCCUCUGCAUUAGGGGUAACUCUGGGUCUUCCAUUCCUGUGGUGGUCCUCAUGAGAGCCAGUUUCAUCAUAGCACUUGAUGGUUUUUGCGACUGCACUUGAAUAAACUUUCAACGUUCUUGACAUUUUCAGCAUUGACUGACCUUCAUGUCUUAAAGUAAUGAUGGACUGUCGUUUCUCUUUGCUUUUUUUGUUCUUGCCAUAAUAUGGACUUGGUCUUUUACCAAAUAGGGCUAUCUUCUGUAUACCCCCCCCUACCUUGUCACAACAACUGAUUGGCUCAAAUGCAUUAAGACGGAAAUAAAUUCCACAAAUUAACUUUUAAGAAGGCACACCUGUUAAUUGAAAUGCAUUCCAGGUGACUACCUCAUGAAGCUGGUUGAGAGAAUGCCAAGAGUGUGCAAAGCUGUCAUCAAGGCAAAGGGUGGCUAUUUGAAGAAUCUCAAAUAUAACAUGUAUUUUGAUUUGUUUAGCACUUUCUUGGUUACUACAUGAUACCAUAUGUGUUAUUUCAUAGUUUUGAUGUCUUCACUAUUAUUCUGCAAUGUAAACAUUGCAGAAUAACACCCUUGAAUGAGUAGGUGUGUCCAAACUUUUGACUGGUAGUGUAUAUGGUAUUGUGGUAACCUACAGUGGCUUCAGAAAGUAUUCACACCCCUUUUUCCACAUUUUGUUGUGUUACAGCCUGAAUUUAAAAUUGAUUAAAUUGAGAUGUUGUGUGACUGACCUACACACAAUACCCCAUAAUGUCAAAGUGGAAUUUUGUUUGUAGAACGUUUUAGAAAUUAAUACAAAUGUUAAAGCUGGAAAUGUCUUGAGUCAAUAAGUAUUCAACCUCUUUCUUAUGGCAAGCCUAAAUAAGUUCAGGAGUAAACAUAUGCUUUACAAAUCACAUAAUUAAGUUUCAUGGACUAUCCUUGUUCGAUAAUAGUGUUUAACAUGAUUUCUGAAUAACUACCCCAUCUCUAUACCCAACACAUACAAUUAUAUGUAAGGUCCCUCAGUCGAGCAGUGAAUUUCAAACACAGAUUCAACCACAAAGACCAUGGAGGUUUUUCAAUGCCUCGCAAUGAAUUGGUAGAUGGGUAAAAAUACAAAAAGCAGACCCUGAAUAUCUUUUGAGCAUGGUGAAGUUCAUAAUUAGGUUUUGAAUGGUGUGUCAAUACACCCAGUCACUACAAAGAUACAGGUGUCCUUCCUAACUCAGUUGCCGGAGACGAAGAAAACUGCUCAGGGAUUUAAUGGUUGUGAUAUGAGAAAACUGAGGAUGGAUCAACAACAUUAUACAGUUGAAGUCGGAAGUUUACAUACACUUAGGUUGGAGUCAUUAAAACUCGUUUUUCAACCACACAUUUCUUGUUAACAAACUAUAGUUUUGGCAAGUCGGUUAGGACAUCUACUUUGUGCAUGACACAAGUAAUUUUUCCAACAAUUGUUUACAGAUGAUUUCACUUAUAAUUCACUGUAUCACAAUUCCAGUGGCUCAGAAGUUGACUGUUCCUGGAAAAUUCCAGAAAAUGAUGUCAUGGCUUUAGAAGCUUCUGAUAGGCUAAUUGACAUAAUUUGAGUCAAUUGGAGGUGUACCUGUGGAUGUAUUUCAAGGCCUACCUUCAAACUCAGUGACUCUUUGCUUGACAUCAUGGGAAAAUCAAAAGAAAUCAGGAAGAAGCCACUGCUCCAAAACCAGCAUAAAAAAGCCAGACUACGGUUUGCAACUGCACAUGGGGACAAAGAUCGUACUUUUUGGAGAAAUGUCCUCUGGUCUGAUGAAACAAAAAUAGAACUGUUUGGCCAUAAUGACCAUCGUUAUGUUUGGAGGAAAAAGGGGGUCCCUUACAAGCCGAAGAACACCAUCCCAACCGUGAAGCACGGGGGUGGCAGCAUCAUGCUGUGGAGGUGCUUUGCUGCAGGAGGGACUGGUGCACUUCACAAAAUAGAUGGCAUCAUGAGGAAGGAAAAUUAUGUAGAUAUAUUGAAGCACAUCUCAAGACAUCCGUCAGGAAGUUAAAGCUUGGUCGCAAAUGGGUCUUCCAAAUGAACAAUGACCCCAAGCAUACUUCCAAAGUUGUGGCAAAAUGGCUAAGGACAACAAAGUAAAGGUACUGGAAUGGCCAUCACAAAGCCCUGACCUCAAUCCUAUAGAACAUUUGUGGGCAGAACUGAAAAAGCAUGUGCGAGCAAGGAGGCCUACAAACCUGACUCAGUUACACCAGCUCUGUCAGGAGGAAUGGGCCAACAUUCACCCAACUUAUUGUGGGAAGCUUGUGGAAGGCUACCCGAAAUGUUUGACCCAAGUUAAACAAUUUAAAGGCAAUGCUACCAAAUACUAAUUGAGUGUAUGUAAACUUCUGACCUACUGGGAAUGUGAUGAAAGAAAUAAAAGCUGAAAUAAAUCAUUCUCUCUACUAUUAUUCUGACAUUUCACAUUCUUAAAAUAAAGUGGUGAUCCUAACUGACCAAUGACAUGGAAUUUUUACUAGUAUUUAAUAUCAGGAAUUGUGAAAAACUGAGUUUAAAUGUAUUUGGCUAAGGUGUAUGUAAACUUCCAACUUCAACUGUAGUUACUCCACAAUACUAACCUAAAUGACAGAGUGAAAAGAAGGAAGCCUGUACAGAAUACAAAUAUUCCAAGACAUGCAUCCUGUUUGCAACAAGGCACUUAAGUAAUAGUGCAAAAUAUUUGGCAAAGAAAUUAACUUUUUUUCCUGAAUUCAAAGUGUUUGGGGCAAAUCCAACACAACACAUCACUGAGUACCGCUCUUCAUAUUUUCAAGCAUGGUGCUGGCUACAUCAUGUUAUGGGUAUGCUUGUCAUCGGCAAGGGAGUUUUUUAAGAUAAAAAGAAACAGAAUAGAGCUAAGCACAGCCAAAAUCCUAGAGGAAAACCUUCUUCAGUCUGCUUUCCAACAGACACUGGGAGACAAAUUCACCUUUCAGCAGGACAAUAACCUAAAACAAAAGGCCAAAAUACACUGGAGUUGCUUACCAAGAUGAUAUUGAAUGUUCCUGAGUGGCCUAGUUACAGUUUUGACUUAAAUCAGCUUGAAAAUCUAUGGCAAGACUUGAAAAUGGCUGUCUAGCAAUGAUCAACAAUUAACUUGACAGAGAUUGAAGAAUUUAAAAAAGAAUAAUGAGCACAUUUUGUACAAUCCAGCUGUGCAAAGCUAUUAGAGAUUUACCCAGAAAGACUCACAGCUGUAAUCACUGCCAAAGGUGCUUCUAAAAAGUAUUGACUCAGGGGUGUAAAUACAUUUGUAAAUGAGAUAUUUCUGUAUUUCAUUUUCAGUAAAUAAAACAUGUUUUCACUUUGUCAAAAUCUAUUUAAUCCAUUUUGAUUUCAGACUGUAACACAACAAAAUGUGGAAUAAGUCAAGGGGUAUGAAUACUUUCUAAAUGCACUGUAUAUGGUAUUGUGGGAGCCUAUGUGGGUGGUUUCAAACUUGUUCCCAUGAGGAAAAGGGAGCAUCUCAGGUAUUUCUGAGGAAUUGCCUGUUUGCUUAGAACAGUAUUGGUUUUAAUUCUGCCAAGGUAAAUGGUCUCUCUUUUCUAGUCAUUUUAAUGAUUUUCUCUCUUCAAAGAACGAGCCAGCCAGCCAGCCAAAUAAGCCCUGACCCAAUGUAUUCCUAGACUGAGGCUAAGAUAUCUGUUGGGAAAGGCACCAGUAUAUCUCUGGGCCCCAUUGUUCGAGACUGAUGGAUGUCUAAUGAAAGAGUUCAUAGUCUGUGUUGAUGUGUCUGUUUUACAGUAGAGACAUAGUUAGCAUUGCUCCACAUAGUUUUCUCAGGGUUUUUUCAUCAACAUUUCAGUCAAAACCGCAAAGAUCUUAUGCUGGACCAUUGGUGACCUUAGUAUUUCAUGGUAUGUACAAUGAACAAUGUAUGCUGAACAAAAAUAUAAAUGCAACAUGCAACAAUUUCAAUGAUUUUACUGAGUCACAGUUCAUAUAAGGAAAUCAGUCAACUGAAAUACAUUCAUUAGGCCCUAAUCUAUGGAUUUCACAUGACUGGGCAGGGGCGCAGCCAUUGGUGGGCCUCGGAAGGCAUAGGCCCACCCACUGGGGAGCCAGGCCGAGCCAAUCAGAAUGAGUUUUUCUCCACAAAAGGGCUUUAUUACAGACAGAAAUACACCUCAGUUUCAUCAGCUGUCCGGUAGGCUGGUCUCAGACGAUCCUGCAGGUGAAGAAGCCAGAUGUGGAGGUCCUGGGUUGGCGUGGUUAUGCGUGGUCUGCGGUUGUGAGGCCGGUUGGACGUACUGCCAAAUUCUCUAAAACGACGUUGGAGGCGGCUUAUGGUAGAGAAAUUAAUAUUCAAUUCUCUGGCAACAGCUCUGGUGUACAUUCCUGCAGUCAGCAUGCCAAUUGCACGCUCCCUCAAAACUUGAGACAUUUGUGGCAUUGCCAAUCUGUGGCAUCUGUGGCAUUGUGUGGUGUGACAAAACUGCACAUUUUGAUCAUGCUGUUUAAUCAGCUUCUUGAUAUGCCAAUCCUGUCAGGUGGAUGGAUUAUUUUGGAAAAUAUCUGGGAUAUUUUAUUUGACCUCAUGAAACCUGGGACCAACACAUGUUGCGUUUAUAUUUUUGUUCAGUGUAUUUUUACUGGACCACUGUGCCAUGAAACCCCUGGGUCACCCUAAUCUUUAUACAUUUCAGUCCUUGGUGUGAAUGUGAAUGAACUUUUCAGGGGAUUAAAUGCACAAAAUGAGGAUUGCCCCUUCCUGUUAUAUUUGCUUGUCCACCCAGACACCUCAGUUUGGUGGGAGAGCCCUAUAAAGCAAAGGGUCAUCAUAACUGCUUCCUUCAUCAGAAACAGACCUUAAGGUUAUUGUCACUGUUAUCGUCCCUCUGGGGUGGUAGGGCCAUGUGAAUCACCUAGCCAGGUGUUUUUAUGAAGCCAACGCCUUAUCUUAUGACCAGGGACCUUUUUAUGGAGUAUUGGAAUGCGUUCCUGGAGAUAUGGUACUCAUGUUUCAGUACAGCCCUGAGUCCAGCUGUCCUUUCAUACACAUAGCCACUUGUUUUUCAACCAUAAAGUACAUUAUAGGCUUGUUUAUAGCAUGUUGUGUGAAUAAUUGUUAUUUUAUUGUGUUUUUAAAAAAUGAAUUCUGAAUUUCUUUUUAGAAAAGAGGAUUUGGAGGUCUCUAACAAAACAGGUGGGAUGUUUGUGAUUAUAGCACUGCAUGCAUAGACAAGUGUGAAAAUGUAUUUGAAAUAUAACCCUGCUUUUCUCUUCUUAGAGAAGAAUCGAUGUACACUGAGUGUACAAAACAUUAGGAACACCUUCUUAAUAUUGAGUUGCACCCCCUUUUGCCCUCCAAACAGCCUCAAUUCGUCAGGGUAUGGACUCUGCAAGGUGUCCAAAGUGUUCCACAGGGAUGCUGGCCCAUGUUGACUCCAAUGCUUCCCACAGUAGUGUCAAGUUGGCUGGAUGUCCUUUGGGUGGUGGACCAUUCUUGAUACACAAGGGAAACUGUUGAGCAUGAAAAACCCAGCAGCGUUGCAGUUCUUGACACAAACCAGUGCAACUGGCAGCUACUACCAUACCCCGUUCAAAGGCAUGUCAAUCUUUUGUCUUGUCCAUUGAAUGGCACACAUACACAAUCCAUGUCUCAAUUGUCCCAAGGCUUAAAGAUUAUUCUUUAACCUGUCUCCUCCCCUUCAUCUACCCUGAUUGAAGUGGAUUUAACAAGUGACAUCAAUAAGGGAUCAUAGCUUUCACCUGGGUUCACCUGGUCAGUCUAUGUCAUGGAAAGAGAAGGUGUUCCUAAUGUUUUGUACACUCAGUGAAUAAUAAUGAAUUACCCAUGUUUGUGUACUGAUUCUUCAAUGAGUAAACACUUUGUGAUUUUCUUCCAUUGUUGAAGGAGUUGGAACAGAUACUGGCAGACACCCCUCCUGUUUUUAAAGGAUCAUCCAAUUUAUUCAGGAACCUACGUCACCGAGGUGAGACUCCUUAACUCUCUAUCAUCAAGAAUAUGGGCCAAUGGAAUGUUUGCAGUUUCCAUAUACCAAAUCAAUCGAGAACAGAGUACAGGCAGUAAACACCAUCUUAUCUUUCCAUCAAUCUAGUGAUGUUGUAAUUUGCUCUCAGGGAACCUUAGAUAUGAGGGUGAAGGAAAUCUACCCUAUAUAGGAUAUACCAGUUAACAUUGAUUAGCGUCGAUACCGUUACCAGUUAGAAUAAACUACAUCCCCAUACUGAGAAUGAGAUGUACUUGUAUUUUUGAAAUAGUGUAGCGAUCCUCGCAGUAUGAGCCACGUUACAAUUCCCACCAAGUACGUUAAACCUAUUGGUGCGAUGCAUAGUGUUUGCCUUUUACACCAGAGACCAGUGUUCACUUCCCGCUCCCUCCGUUCGCUACAAUAUUGACAAGCUGAGGAAAGGAGAUAAUUGUAAGUGUUCUUCAAUGUUGCUAUUUUCAUGGAAACAUGCUUCAAGUACCCUGUUCUCACUGCUCCUUGAAGAAGUGAACAUCCCUCCCUGCAUUUCAAACCCUGUGUUUGGUGUAUACGUUCUCCCUGCUCUCUCCUCUGUUGCUUUAGCUAAGUGCCAACGCUGGGAUCUGGGGCUUUUAAUCCUGCUGUUAAACGUGGCGGCUUUGCCGAGAAAAAAGGGAUUGGAUUGAUCAGCGAACAAAGCCUUGCUUUAGAGAAUGAGAGGAGCUGUUUGAACCCGGUUAUGUUGAGGCAUGUCUCACUGGCUGCCUCCUGAUCACCAUGGACAUGAUGAAUCCUAAGAAUGGAGUAGGAUUACAUCUCCGGUUCUGCCACUCUGUACGAAGUGUUUCUGAGGAAUUAUUUCUAUUGUCUGACAACAUCUACUUGAGCUCAGAGGUUGGAAGGGUUGGGGAGGGAAGGGAAGGGGUGGGUUGGGGAGGGGAGGAAGGUUUCUCUCUCCCUGAGUGAAGGUGUGUGUGGUAUUGGUGAGACAUGGUUGGAAUCUUAAAGAUUUCUUCCCUCCAACGUAUUUAAGCCUUAAAAGGUAUUUGAAGCCAGGGAACUUUAGUCAUUUUAAGGCCCUAUACAUUUUCAACAGAGAAGUUCUCGAGCAGAUCAGUGACUCAUGUUUCGAUGCACCAUUUCAUUGGGACUUUUCAACAGAAAUUCUCUGUUGACAUCCAGUACUUCCCCACCGCAUUCAACAAUCCAAACGCAGACAAACAUCAGAUAUCUGGAGAACAUCACUUAUAUGAUAAGGAGUAUCAGAAAUAUAAAUAAAGAGGAUUUUAUUGGAUGCACUACCAAUGUCCAUUCAUAGUAUAUUUUCCUCCCAAGUGUCCUUUUUGUGGGGGAAAUCUCCCUGGAGCAAAGGCCAUACCUGAAUCUUUUUCCCAUAACACCCAGAGCUAUCUGUGCUGGAGUCACUGUCUUCUCCUGCAAACAAAAGCUUGGGAAUGCUUUCAGAGGUAGCAAGACAACCCUCCUCAGUCUACUGAGAUGGACCCUGACAGUUACUCUUCUCUUUUCCUCGCAGUCACACAACAAAGGGAGUUCUAGAACAAAUAAAGGAACACAAAGCCGAAUCAGACAUCCACAAUCAGUGACAGAUCACUUGAGAAUGUUUUACACCUUGUUAUCCAAACAGAGGUCGCUCCGAAGCCAGCACUGGGGCUUCAUUUUUUGGGGGUUUGUGUCCAGAUGGGUCACUUACAUUGUAAAGCCUCUGUUCGUGGGACGAGAACACCAACCAUGAAUUAAGAGGCACCUUUUUAAGAUGUUAUCAAUAUGAAAGAGAAGAUUAGCUGUUGUCUAGAGGUGUGCACUGUUUCAUGGGGUAUUUCAUUCAUGUGAAGGGUUAGGGCAUGACUUUGAACAACUCUAAAUAACUCAAGUGAACUGCUAGACUUUAAUGUUCAAUUAUUUUAUGAACUUUCUGAAUACAGUUAUGACAGUCAAGGUUUUUUUUCAGGCAUCAUCGGUUACACAGAGUAUCUAUUCCUGCUUUGCAUUUUAACAAGUAAGUAUGUUUGAUUAGAUAUUUGAUAAAAAAAGAAAACAUACGUUAGAUGUUAGUUUGAACGUGGUCUCUUGUCUUAUCUCUUUUCUCUGUCCUUUCCCAGAGCCUCAUGCUGGCUUUAAGAUAGCUUUCAACAUGUUUGAUGCAGAUGGAAACCAAAUGGUGGACAAACGGGAGUUCUUGGUGGUAUGUCAUUAUUUUAAGAUUAAAUGAGAAGGAUAGUUCCUUUGGUCAGUGAAGGGAGUCUGAAGAACAUCUCAACGUCUUCUGUCUUCUUCUAACCAGCUUGAGGAAAUCUUCCGUAAGAAAAAGGAUCGCAAAGAAGCAGCGGAUGGUGCUCCAAGGUCUGACAAGCUGGUAAGGAGAGGCAUUUCUUUGGUGUUUCUCCCCCAAUUAAUAUUCUCCACAUUUAGGACAUGCAUUUCACUUAUUGCAUUUAUUCUAGGUAUUAAUUCCUGUAGGGUGCAGUCAGUUAGAUAGAAAUUACGAAGACCAACGUUUCCCCAUUAUUCAUUUAAAGUUUGGAACAAUACAGACUGUAGACAGACAGUAUGGUGGAUGUGGUAGACUGUAGACAGACAUGGUAGAUGUGGUAGACUAUAGACAGACAGUAUGGUGGAUGUGGUAGACUGUAGACAGACAUUAUGGUGGAUGUGGUAGACUAGACAGACAGUAUGGUGGAUGUGGUAGACUGUAGACAGACAGUAUGGUGGAUGUGGUAGACUGUGGACAGACAGUAUGGUGGAUGUGGUAGACUGUAUAUAGACAGUAUGGUGGAUGUGGUAGACUGUAGACAGACAUUAUGGUGGAUGUGGUAGACUGUAGACAGACAGUAUGGUGGAUGUGGUAGACUGGACAGACAGUAUGGUGGAUGUGGUAGACUGUAGACAGACAGUAUGGUGGAUGUGGUAGACUGUAGACAGACAGUAUGGUGGAUGUGGUAGACUGUAGACUGGCAUUAUGGUGGAUGUGGUAGACUGUAAACAGACAGUAUGGUGGAUGUGGUAGACUGUAGACAGACAGUAUGGUGGAUGUGGUAGACUGUAGACAGACAGUAUGGUGGAUGUGGUAGACUGUAGACAGACAGUAUGGUGGAUGUGGUAGACUGUAGACAGACAGUAUGGUGGAUGUGGUAGACUGUAGACAGACAGUAUGGUGGAUGUGGUAGACUGUAUACAGACAUUAUGGUGGAUGUGGUAGACUGUAGACAGACAGUAUGGUGGAUGUGGUAGACUGUAGACAGGCAUUAUGGUGGAUGUGGUAGACCUUUAGAGAGACAUUAUGGUGGAUGUGGUAGACUAGACAGACAUUAUGGUGGAUGUGGUAGACUGUGGACAGACAGUAUGGUGGAUGUGGUAGACUGUAGACAGACAGUAUGGUGGAUGUGGUAGACUGUAGACAGGCAUUAUGGUGGAUGUGGUAGACUGUAGACAGACAGUAUGGUGGAUGUGGUAGACUGUGGACAGACAAUAUGGUGGAUGUGGUAGACUGUGGACAGACAGUACGGUGGAUGUGGUAGACUGUAGACAGACAGUAUGGUGGAUGUGGUAGACUGUAGACAGACAUUAUGGUGGAUGUGGUAGACUGUAGACAGACAGUAUGGUGGAUGUCAUAGACUGUAGACAGGCAUUAUGGUGGAUGUGGUAGACUGUAGACAGACAUUAUGGUGGAUGUGGUAGACUGUAGACAUACAUUAUGGUGGAUGUGGUAGACUGUAGACAGACAGUAUGGUGGAUGUGGUAGACUGUAGACAGACAGUAUGGUGGAUGUGGUAGACUGUGGACAGACAGUAUGGUGGAUGUGGUAGACUGUAGACAGACAGUAUGGUGGAUGUGGUAGACUGUAGACAGGCAUUAUGGUGGAUGUGGUAGACUGUAGACAGACAUUAUGGUGGAUGUGGUAGACUGUAGACAGACAGUAUGGUGGAUGUGGUAGACUGUAGACAGACAGUAUGGUGGAUGUGGUAGAAUGUAGACAGGCAUUAUGGUUGGAUGUGGUAGACUGUGGACAGACAGUAUGGUGGAUGUGGUAGACUGUAGACAGACAGUAUGAUGGAUGUGGUAGACUGUAGACAGGCAUUAUGGUGGAUGUGGUAGACUGUGGACAGACAGUAUGGUGGAUGGGGUAGACUGUAGACAUGCAUUAUGGUGGAUGUGGUAGGCUGUAGACAGGCUUUAUGGUGGAUGUGGUAGACUGUAGACAGACAGUAUGGUGGAUGUGGUAGACUGUAGACAGACAGUAUGGUGGAUGUGGUAGACUGUGGACAGGCAUUAUGGUGGAUGUGGUAGACUGUAGACAGACAGUAUGGUGCAUGUGGUAGACUGUGGACAGACAGUAUGGUGGAUGUGGUAGACUGUAGACAGACAGUAUGGUGGAUGUGGUAGACUGUGGACAGACAGUAGAGUGGAUGUGGUAGACUGUGGACAGACAGUAUGGUGGAUGUGGUAGACUGUAGACAGACAUUAUGGUGGAUGUGGUAGACUGUGGACAGGCAUUAUGGUGGAUGUGGUAGACUGUAGACAGGCAUUAUGGUGGAUGUGGUAGACUUUAGACAGACAGUAUGGUGGAUGUGGUAGACUGUGGACAGACUAUAGGGUGGAUGUGGUAGACUUUAGACAGACAGUAUGGUGGAUGUGGUAGGCUGUGGACAGACAGUAUGGUGGAUGUGGUAGACUGUAGACAGACAGUAUGGUGGAUAUGGUAGACUGUAGACAGACAGUAUGGUGGAUGUGGUGGAUGUGGUAGGCUGUAGGCAGACAUUAUGGUGGAUGUGGUAGACUGUAGACAGACAUUAUGGUGGAUGUGGUAGACUGUAGACAGACAUUAUGGUGGAUAUGGUAGACUGUAGACAGGCAUUAUGCUGGAUGUGGUAGACUGUAGACAAACAGUAUGGUGGAUAUGGUAGACUGUAGACAGUCAGUAUGGUGGAUGUGGUGGAUGUGGUAGGCUGUAGGCAGACAUUAUGGUGGAUGUGGUAGACUGUAGACAGACAUUAUGGUGGAUGUGGUAGACUGUAGACAGACAUUAUGGUGGAUAUGGUAGACUGUAGACAGACAUUAUGGUGGAUGUGGUAGACUGUGGACAGAGUAUGGUGGAUGUGGUGGAUGUGGUAGACUGUGGACAGACAGUAUGGUGGAUGUGGUAGGCUGUAGGCAGACAGUAUGGUGGAUGUGGUAGACUGUGGACAGACAGUAUGGUGGAUGUGGUAGACUGUAGACAUACAUUAUGGUGAAUGUGGUAGGCUGUAGGCAGACAUUAUGGUGGAUGUGGUAGACUGUAGACAGACAGUAUGGUGUAUGUGGUAGACUGUAGACAGACAGUAUGGUGGAUGUGGUAGACUGUAGAAAGACAUUAUGGUGGAUGUAGUGGAUUUGGUAGACUGUAGAAAGACAUUAUGGUUGAUGUGGUAGGCUGUAUACAGACAGUAUGGUGGAUGUGGUAGACUGUAGACAGACGUUAUUGUGGAUGUGGUAGACUGUAGACAGACAUUAUGGUGGAUGUGGUACACUGUAGAUCUCUAACAUGGUUGUAUCUUUACCCUAUCACUAACAUGGUUAUUUCUCUACCCUAUCUCUAACAUGGUUAUAUCUCUUGCAUGCCCGCAUCCAUCUUUCCCCUGCAUUUUACAGAACAUGCAACUGUAUGGGAACCGGGAGUCCCGUGCACAGAGAGUAUGUAUUCUCCCUCUCCCCAGAAUAUCUGAACUUUCUGUUAUGUGUUUUCUUCUUGGCUAGCCUGUUGCAUGUGGCCUUCUUUGCUUAUGAAAAAUUCAAGAAAUCUACUGUAGUUACUUAGCCAAGUGUGCUAAUGGACAUAAAAACCACGGAAGCCAUUCCAUGCUAAAUGCAUUGCUGGUAUUACUGUAUCUUGGCCUUCUCAUAUGCAAGGUUAGCAGAGCGUCAUGCGAGCUGCGAGGUAGCCAGGACAAUGCCGCCCUAAUGGGUCCAGUCCAAACUCUGGCUGUGCCGUUGGACAUCCCCAGCAGAGCAGAUGAUUUAUGUACUGGCCUGAUGUCUGUCAGAGUGGCUGGCUGA